CGUGGGGGGGUGUGGGCAUUCGGGGGUGGAGAUGUAGAAGAUGUGACGCCGCGGCCCGGCCGGUGCCAGACCAGCGGAUGCGGUGCCCGCGGUGCUGCCGGAUCCCGGGCGCUGCAGCGAGGGCAGGCGGCCCUCCCGAGCGCGGCGGCCGCGGAGACACCCGGCGCUAAACCCCAGCCCCCGAGCCCCCGGCGCACCGCGCACUCGGACAGCCGGGGAGGGGAGCGGCCGAGCGGCUCGAGGCUGGGGGCCCGCGGGCGCGGCCGCGCGCUGCCGGGCGGGAGGCUGGGGGGCCGGGGCCGGGGCCGGGGCCGGGGCCGUGCCCCGGGCCGGGUCGGGGGCCGGGGCCGGGGCCGGGGCCGAGGGGCGGCGGCUCCCCGCGCCACUCCAGGGGCGCGGGGACCCCGGCAGAGCCCCGGUGGGGCCAUGGCAGCCGGGAGCAUCACCACGCUGCCCGCCCUGCCUGAGGACGGCGGCAGCGGCGCCUUCCCGCCCGGCCACUUCAAGGACCCCAAGCGGCUGUACUGCAAAAACGGGGGCUUCUUCCUGCGCAUCCACCCCGAUGGCCGAGUGGACGGGGUCCGGGAGAAGAGCGAUCCUCACAUCAAACUGCAACUUCAAGCAGAAGAGAGAGGGGUUGUGUCCAUCAAAGGAGUAUGUGCAAAUCGCUAUCUUGCCAUGAAGGAAGAUGGAAGAUUACUGGCUUCUAAAUGUGUUACCGACGAGUGUUUCUUUUUUGAACGAUUGGAAUCUAAUAACUACAAUACUUACCGGUCAAGGAAAUACUCCAGUUGGUAUGUGGCACUGAAACGAACUGGGCAGUAUAAACUUGGACCCAAAACAGGACCUGGGCAGAAAGCUAUACUUUUUCUUCCUAUGUCUGCUAAGAGCUGAUCUUAACGGCAGCAUCUGAUCUCAUUUCACAUGAAAGACGACGUAUAUUUUUGAAAUUUGUUAAUGAAAGAAAAGAAAAAAAUGUGUACAGCUAUCUGCUCAGUUGGGAUGAAUGGUCAGAUAACCUUUUUUCUAAUAGUAAAUAUUUAACCAUUGCCUUACUAAAGAAAAGCAACAAAAAUUCCUGGAAAAUGUAUAGACUUCCACCUUUUGUAUUGCAUUUGCCUUUAUCCAGUGAAGCUUACAUAGAGCUACAAUCUUUUUCAUACAUUUGCUUCAUUUGAAAAGAGGCUUAUAAAUUUGCAAGUUUUCAUCAAACAAGUUUUCAUGAAAAUUAUACACACUAGAAAAUUAAAGUCAGAUAUUUAGUUAACACCAAAUGUCCACUACUUUUUAUAAUACGGCACACGUUAUUCUGCAUGUACAAUUUACUUAAAAUUUUUUAAAACAUGCAAAUAAGGAUUUAAUCCACUCCUGUCUUAGUUCUGUAAUUGUCUGGCAGUUCCUUGUGAUAGAGUUUAUAGAACAAGCCUGUGUCAACUGCCGGAAGUUCUUCCACGGUGAAAUCAAUCUUGUCAAACCCUUCUCUGUACCCAUAUAGCAGCAGCCUAGCAACUCUGCUCGUGAUGGGAGUUGUAUUUUCAGUCUUGACCAGGUCAUUGAGAUCCAUCCAUUCGCACCUUAAGCAUUCAUGCUGGCAAAAAUUUAUGGUAAAUGAAUGUGGCUUUAAGCGACAGAUGAUAUACAUAUCUGAUUUCCCAAAAGCUCCGGGAUUGGUGUGCCGUUGCCGAAUGCUCAAGAGGGACAUGAAUUCUGAUUUUAUACCAGUUUCUUCAAAAACUUCUCGAACUGCUGUGUCUCCUACAUAAAAGAAAGAUGGACAAAUCAGUAAGGAUCACAUUUUUAGAAUUUUAAUCAUCAAAGAUUUUCAGAUAGAGUAGCAUUAUCUAAAGGUUGAAAAGCAAAAAACUUCAUCCUAGGAAAGUAUUUUCUUACCUACCAAACUAUUUUCUUACCACUGUACAUCUUAGAAGCUUUUGAAAUAUUGAAUAUUUCUUUGGCUGCCAUUUGUAGGCUUACCCACCUGUAUAUUUUGGGGGUCACAUUUUUAACCUCUUCUGACUCUAUCUCCCAAAAAUUGAAAACAUAGGUCCCUGCAGUUACUAUUCCUACAUAUUUCUUCAUUAUUAUUCUGUUUGUGAUCAUCCAUCAAAACUGCCUAAACUUCUAUGUAUCGGUAUUGAGAAAAAGUGAUUCAUUCUUACAAAAGUCUGUAGAGCUGCAGAACGUAUUGAGCUGUGAAUGGUUCAAAGCUUUCCCGGUGAUCUUGGGUGGGGCUGUCAAGCCUCUGACAUCCUAGAGCAGUUUCAUUUAUAACCAUUUUGUUAUGCUCCCUUAGUUAUCCUGUCAGUGGAAUCCCAUUAUGGUAGUUUUGGGCAUUUCUUUUGUUUCUUGAGAUUCUAAAGAACUAUUUUAUCAAAAGUAUUAAAAAAAAAAACUUGCAGUUUACAGAAUUUUAUAAUACAAGGGUUUCACAUUUUAUAAGGUUGAUUUUUUUCAAUAUUUGCAAAUUUCUGGAGCAAGAUUUUGACUGCCAUUAACAUUUUUGUGGUUGCUUUUUCUAAAUCUCCAGAAGAACCUGCUAAAUGGACUUUCUCUAAUUUUGUGAUGCUCUGUCACUGUCUCCCAAAGUGUUCAUGAGAAAAACCCUUUAAAAAGCUGCCUUCUUUGCUCAGUUUGCUGGAAGCUUCCCAAUUUCACAAUUGCCACAGGCAUUGAUUUUUGUUCAAAGACCUCUAUUCAAUGCUUCUAUUUCCUUGUUUGUCAAAUAGAAAAUUAUAUUUGCCUUCUCACUAGUCCUACUGGUGAAGAAUAGGCAAGGAGGGGAAGUCAAGGAAAAAAAAUCUCAAUUUCCACAUAUUCUGACUGUAGACGGUCUUAAUUGCCUACGUAUGCUUGUGGGUUCUCCCCCCCCCCACCCCAAGAAACAGCUCUGGAAAUAUGCACAGGAAAAGCAAAAUGUUCUAAACUAUAAGACAUUUGUCUGCCAUUUUGAAUUACAUGCUGACUUCCCCUUCCCUUGAGAUUUGCCAUAGAUUAAACAUGGUUAGAACUUACUGUUUUAAACUAAAAACAUAAAAGAAUUUUUGAGUAAAAGGAAAAUCUUCCUUAAUAAAAAAAACCAAACUUUCAGCUUGGAAUACGUUAAUUUGUUACAGAUUUGGCAUUAGUCUUAAAUUUUAGACAUCAUUUGCUGAUUUCACUUAACUAUUGUUUAAAUGUUUAUUUUUAUUCUUUCAACGCUUUGAAAAAUAACCAUGGGGUUCUGUUAAACUCUUAGUGCCACUAAUCCAGAGUUUGGCAUUUCAUUCGGAGUCUAGCCUUUUUAUGUAUCAUGGAGGCACAGGACAGACUAGUGAGUUGAUCUACCCUACUCAGCAGUCCACCUGAGCAGUUGAUUGGAAAUCAGCACUGCCUGGUAGUUUGAUCAGUUUAACUUGAAUCAGCAUAUCAUUGACUAGACUAAAAAUCGAAUGGGUAAAUAAGUGGUUUUGCAUCCAGGGUAUGAAUGAUUGCUUCCACCUCAAGAUGGAAAUCUUUACCCCAAGGCUUUUUCGCCAAGAAUUAAAAAAAAAAAAUUUUUAUGCAGAUAAACUGCUUUAUUCUGUUGUACCUUUAUUUUAAUGUACUGUAAGCUGAACUGAAAUACCAUUUACUGUUUUAUAUGCUUAAAGAACAUAGGGAAAAACCAAGAGGGUUUUGUUUUUAUUUUUGCUGACUGAGAGGUAUGUUUAAAUAUGUCAGUGUUUUGUUUAGUUACAGGACAGUGAAAUGGAGUUUAUUUCUAUUUUGUAAUAUUUAACAAUAGGAUUAGGUUGAAAUAAAAUAGGAAAGAUUGUGCAGAAGGUGGGUUUUCCUGGCGUUUCCCUCUGAUUCUGGUGCACUGAUGAGCUCUGAGCAGACCCCACUGCUUUAUGGUCCUUUGUCCAUGCAGGAGAUUCUCUUCCUGUCAAUGGUAAUGAAAUUUUUUUAGGAAGGCAAUUUCUCCGUUUUUAACCUUGUAGAUACUUUCGUACUAUUAGGGUAUUAUAUUAAAGCCUGAAGAUUGCAUUCUACUUUGUAUAUGCCCCCCCUUAAUUUUUUUAAGCACUAUGGACAAUAGUGCUUCAUUUACCUAGUAUUAUCAAAGAAUGAAGGAUUCCAAACAAAUGUGUUUUUCAGUUAACUAGUGUUUACUACUUAAGAGCUGAUAUGAAUGUGUGCACAUUUGUGAUGGCUGUAUUCCUGAAGUAUAUUACAUACUUUCCUAAAUACAGAGCUUAAAGAAAAUAAUUUUGAUAAUUAUUGGGUAACAGACUUCAUCGUUAAGAAUAAUCUAUUGUGUUGUAAGACAGAAAUGCUCUAAUAUAGACAGACAUAGUCUUUCAGAACUCUCUUGUCAGUUAUCACUUCUAGCUGCUUUCAGGCUUCUAUCAGUUCUAAGGCAAAGCUUUAAUGAAUAAUACUCCUAAGCAGUACGAUGAAUAACAGUUGCUGCUUUCCUUGUAACUCCUCAUGGCUGAACGGGGGGAGGCGGUUGUGCCAACCACAAACACUGAAUUCAGAAUUCACUCUUGUUUUUUUUUUUUUUUUUUAAUCUGGACUUGAAGAGUUCUGGAGUACACUUAAACCUGAAACUAUGAACACUUGGCUUGGAAAUGUGCUUCUUCAUUUGCAUUAAAAUAUAAGUACAUUGAAAAUUCACAAGAUCUGUUAAAAACUCAAAAGGAAAAAGUCAAUUCAUUUGAGAAGGCAAGAUGCAGAAGAGGAAGCUAAACAUACCUCCUGUAGCUUGAUUUUUGCCCCAUAUGGAUUGGGUAAGGGUGUAAGACAUAAAUUUAACUAGCUCUCACACACUCUCAUAUAUCACAUAAGGAUAGUGUGAGAUUAAUUAGGUGUUCCAAAAUAAAUGGCCCUCUCUUUCAGCACUUGUACCACCACAAAAUCUUUGAUUUCAACAGACGACCCAAGCAAUGGACUCUAGGCAGAAAAUCCGUAAGUACCUAAAAGCCAAAAUUUGCUACGGAUAUAUCUCAGUGUAGAAAAUUUACUUAUGGCUUGUUAGGAGUUGACUAUGUACUGUGUAUAGGGCAUUUUAAUCUGUGUAACAUUUAAAAAAUCAAGUUUCAAGUAUAUAUACAUUUUUAAAUAUUUAAAGAUAACUUAGGAAGUUGCCUUUAUAUAUAAAUGUUGGCUAAACAGGGGACAUGCAUAUGGAGGAGAAAAAUCAUGGAGAAAUAAUACUGAUAGCAAAUGAGGCAUCUAUUGAUUUAUUAUGAUGCAGACUGCAUUUGACCCAGCCAAGGGUCAGGAAUAGGUAGGAAAACUACGUUUUUAUUCUUUCUUCUAUUUACUGUAAAUUCAGUAACAUGGAGAGUUCUUAGCUUAUUUCACAUUUCCCCGUUUGAAAUAUUGAGCUCAGGAAGUUGCUUUAGGGAACUCUCACUUGAGACUUUCUUGUAUGAGACAUUUUACUAUGUCUCAUACUAUUCAGCUUCCUGACUAUUUAAAUAGUAGAUAAAAUUUUAUAGAGGAGCAUUAAGUCACUACUGCUCUGUAACUGACUUUAUGAAUACUUAUUUUGAGGUUCAUUUAAAAGUUAUUAUUCAUCCUUGUGUGGUGAAAUGGUCAAGAAUUUGUGUUUUCUUAUAGUUUAAUUCCAGAAACAGUAUUAGUCAUACCCAAAAUAGCCCUUAAUGCUAAACUUUACUAAUGUAUAUGCAAAGCUUUUUAUUUUCAAACAAAUUCAUCUAGAAGCAACCCUAAACAGAAUAGGUGGCACGCUCCUAGUGGUAUUUUUAUAUUAGUGGGAUAAAUUGUAGUAUUACAAGUUUUACUGCUAAUUUUAUAUUAGCCCUGAAGUAACUUCUCUGAAAUUUCUCACUUGGUAAUUUAAAAUCUUAUUUUCAGCUAUAGAACAAAAAAAGUAAACACAAAUUUCCUGAACAUUUUCAAGCCAAUUAAAAAUAUGGAAGGUGUCCACACCGAUAUCUUCUCCAGGCUCUGACAGGCCCCCUGGAAACUUCCACAUAUUCUUCAACUGCAAGAUAAAGUCAGAAAAUAAAGUUAACAGAGCUUCAUUCACUAACACAUACACAGAGACUCCACAAAAUCCCCCAUAAUUGGUCAAGGGGUUGAGAAUUUAUCUUUUGGUAAUGGCAUGCAAAUUUCCUUCCCCUUUCUUCUUCUUGGCGGAAACUGGUUACUUAUGAAAUCUUUUCCUACCUUUUUCUUCAGGAAAAAGAAAUGGUUUUGUUUGGUUAAUGUGAUAAAUUCUGUAUGAAUGAAGCAGUGGAGGGAAACAUCUACUGAAUUUGUGUAAUUUUAAAAAUUUUGCUGCUAGUUAACUAUUAACAAAUAGAGGAAUCUUACAGAUGCUGCUAUAAAUAAGUAGAAAGUACAGUAUAAAUUUAAUAACUAAAGUAUGCUAUUUUUAAUUUUCACAUUUAUUUUCUGUAUUGUGUCUAAUCAGAUUUCUCUUGUUCUGUGUGUUAAUGAUUUUAUGUACAAAUGCAAUUGCUUUUCAUGGGUAGUAUGAAUAAAUUUGAUUAGUUUAA